UAUAUAAUAGAAUUUAGUGAAGAGUACGGUCCUGAUCCACACUCCUAAUCAGUAGGUGGCGGUAAUGCACCUAAAAGUUGUAUGCCAUCCGCCAUUAAACACCAAGAAGAAGAAGAAGAAGAAGAAGAAGAAGAAGAAGAAGAAGAAGGGCUUACCGUUAGCUUCACGAAUGCUUCAUACAAUAAUAAGCGCAACGCGUCGAUUUUCCCGUGAGGCGCAUCAAGAUACAUUUCAUCUGCUGUUACACCUCUGAUUAUAUUAAUUUAGUUUUAAGAAACAGAUGUUUACCCCUCGCCAAACAGGGCGUCCAGCGUCGCCUCAUCCGGUUUUACAAAGAACUGUUUGCGGAUGCUGCGCUGUUUGCGAAGUACACCUAAACUCUUCUGCAGACCCCAGACUUCUCCCUUGCCUGCAUAUAGUUUGCAAUACUUGUCUUACGAAGAUCUGCACAGAUGGAGCCACACAAGAUUGUCCAUUAUGUGCACAGUCAUUUUGUUUGUCUGAGGUCACAGAAUGUGCCAUUUUUGAAGACACGUCUAACAAUAACGAGGCCCCCAAGUGUGCCGGGUGUGAAGAGAGUGAGGUUAGUGGAUGGUGUGUCCAGUGUGAGGAGGCCCUUUGUUUGGACUGUAUAUCUGCUCAUCAUAGGGUAAAAGUGACCCGUGACCAUGAAGUCACACCCAAAAAACCACCCACAGGUUGGAUACAGAGAAGACGCUGUCCCUCACACACUCAGGAGAGCUUGAGGUUCUUCUGUCUUGUUUGUGAAGAGCUCACCUGUAAGGACUGUCAGCUGAUCACUCAUAGGGGCCACAGUUUUGUGCAGCAGGAGGAAGCUGUGGGAUCUCAGAGACAGCAGCUGCAGAGUUUGUUGGACUCCAUCAGACAUCAGAAAGAGACGGUCAUCAGCAGCCUGCUGCUCCUAGAGGCAAGAUUGCAGGAAAUUGAAAAAAUUAAAGUAGCAGCAAAGAAGAUGUUGACACGGGUAGUCCACUCCAUUUAUCAGAGUCUGGUUCUAAAAGCUACACAGAUGUUAAAGGUGAUAGAGGCCUUAUUUGCGGAGGAGGUGGGGUGUUUGUUGGAGAGGAAGACAUCUCUGAACAGUUUGGAAGGUUGUCAGGAGUACAUAGCAGCUUUUAUUGACAAGAUCCUAUGCACAGAGGGCCACUGCCUCCUGGUCCACACAAAAAGGAUUGAGACCCAGGUGAAAAAGCUUCUGUCCCAGAAGGCAUACACUCCUGAGACCAUGAUUGAACUGCACCUUCAGAUUCAGAGUGAACUCUGCAGGCACAUCAUGAAAUUUGGAUUUUUGAGGAUUAGUAAGGUUCUUGUUCCAUUUACCACUCGGAGAACUGAUUCCACUCAGUUAGAGUCUGUGUCUGUGAAAAGCUCAAAUCCAAAUUCUCCUCUUACUGCCACUGAUGUUCAUCCUGCACCCACCUCCUCAAGUGCUGAUGCACAAGUUCAGGGUGAAUGUGUUCUCAACAGUUUUACACUGCGUCCAUGUGCCUCCUCUCAGAUUGUGCAAAUGAACCAGGCCCUUCAUAGUCUGUCUCAUCCAUCUCAACCCAGCCAGCCAUCUCAUUCUAACCAGGCCCGCUCUGCAUAUAACAAUGUUGCCCCAUCCCAACCGAAUCAAUCUAAACGUUCCUCUUCAGACCUUCAGAGUUCAUCUUCCUCACCAUCUGUCCAAGUCCAAUCCCAUGAAGUCAUGUCUGAGCAAUCCAAGCAUGCUUACAGUCCCUCAUCGAACUGUGUCCCAUAUUUUCCUCAGUCUGCUCCUAAAACUCACAUGAAUUAUUCCCCGUCUGUUUAUUCUCAGCCCCGUCUUCCACUCAUGAACUGCACAGCAUCUCAAAUAAACAAUAUCUCUGAGUCAGCCAAAUGUAGGAAGGCCUAUUGCCCUACUAUGCAGGUCUCUCAAACACGCAUACUCACCCGCCCAUUGCCAGUUAACAGCCAAAAACAACCAAUUCCAGUCAACAACCAAACACCUGUAACAACUCAUCCAAUACCAGCCAACAACCAAACACUCACACCAACUCAUUUAGUGCCAGCCAACUACCAAAGGCCCCAACUAACUCAUCAAAUUCAAGUCAACAACCAAACACUUGCACCAACUCAUCCAAUACCAGCCAACAACCAAACACCUGUACUUACUCAUACAAUGCCCGUCAACAACCAAACACCCAUACCAAUUCACCCAAUACCAUCCAACAACCAAGCACCCCUACUAACUCAUCAAAUGGCAGUCAAUAACCAAAAACAACCGAUUUCAGUCAACAACCAAACACCUAUAACUCAUCCAUUGCCCACCAACAACCAAACACCCCUACUAACUCGUCAGAUGCCUAUCAUCAACCAAACACCUGUACCAACUCAUCCAAUUCUAGCCAAUAACCAAACACCCAUACCAACUCAUGCAAUUCUAGCCAACAACCAAACACUCACACCAACUCAUCCAAUGCCAGCCAACAUCCAAACACCCCUACAAACUCAUCAAAUGGCAGUCAAUAACCAAAAGCAACCAAUUUCAGACAACCAAACACCCGUAACAACUCAUCCAAUAUCAGCCUACAACCAAAUGCCUGUAUUAAUUCAACCAAUUCCAGUCAACAACCAAACACCCAUACCAACUCAUCCAAUACCAGCCAACAACCAAAUGCCUGUGUUAAUUCAACCAAUACCAGCCAACAACCAAUCAACCAUACUAACCCAUUCUUUACCAACUUGCAACCAAACACUCAUACUGACCCAUCCAAUACAAACCAAUUUCCUGGGGCCUGGACAUUCUUUUUCUAUGCAACCCAAUAUUCCCUUAACUGUCUUUUCAACCAUAAACACACUUUCCUUAAACGAUGCUACUGCAAUCUCUACUGAAGCCUCUAGUGGUAGGAUGAAUCAUUGUCCCCAGGACCCUUGUGCACCAAAUCCCACCAGUACAAUUUCUAAUGCCAUCCCAAGCACAGCUAGUGGUUCUUUACUUCCUGUAAACCCAAUGCCUUCUGCUCCCAUUAGUGGCAACGACACCCUCUGGAGUAAAAACGGCACCUACAAUAGCAUUAAUGUCCCAGUCAAGGCCUUGGCUGAUUCUGCCUGUGAUCAGGAUGCAGAUGUGAGCAGCACGAAUUUCACUGAUACGGAUCAUCUGGAGAGCAGCUUGCCCACCUCCCAUGUGUCCGAGACAGCUCCCAAAGAACCUUCACCAGGUCCUGCCCACUCCUCUGGCCCAUCCAACAUUCACCAGGAUUCUUUCUCCACCAUCACAGAGAAAUGUUCAAGACAAACUCUAGACGAUCAGUCAUCGACCAAGAACUACUCUGGAUCAAAACACUGGAGCGUUGGCAUGCCGAUAACUUUCCGUCAGCUUGUAGAGGCAACAUGCAUACCUGUCAGGUCAAAAGACAAUCUGAACAUCACACCUCCAGCGGAUUCAACUCAUUGUAGCACAUCAGAAGACCUUGACGGGGAGAGGACAACUCAUGACAAGACUGUCCAAAGUGUGUUUGACUACAGGGAGGCAAAAAAAGAAGACCAAGAAUCUGCAGUAACGCUGGAACACUUCAGGAGACAAAUCAAACAAUUCAAGAGGUUUCUACGUGUUUCUCUUGAGUGUCUGCCCAUCUCUCUGCCUCCAAGUGGACAGCCACUCCCAGAGUUCCACCUUACUACAGAUACCUCCACAGGUCACAUCUUAGUGCAGGAAUCCCAGGGUGGGCAGGUUAACCAGGUGUGGAGAUGGCAUGAAGAUCCAUUACCAUCUAGAUCCUCUUCUUGCUCUGUAUCCCAAGACAGCGACAGCGACAGCUCCCCGGCAUCUGAUGUAGAGUUCUGUGCCGUGUGUCUGUCUGCAGGAGCUCCACUUCUGUGUGCAAAAUGUGGCUGUGCUUUUCACUAUGACUGUCACAUCCCACCAAUUCUCACAAAACCUUGUAAGGAAUGGGUGUGUUUGCUAUGUCAGGAUUUAAAUGAGACAGUUGUGUAUGGCAGUGAGGAGAUGAGGACGCCUAGUCUGAGUCUGGAAGAUCAAAGAAAGUGUGAGAAGCUUCUCUUUGGUCUCCUGUGUGAUGAGAACAAGAGCCUGCUCUUCAGCGCCACCAAGAAUCACUCAAAAACAGCCGAAUUUGAUAUAAUACUCGGCCGACUCCUGGGGAAACGGAAGCCGCCUUAUCGGACUGUUGCUGAGCUGGUGUCAGAUGUUUGGACUCUUUUUGACAUCUUGAUGAUGAACUCUGAGAGGAAAAACAUGGUUGUCAAACUUAAAAAAUCUUUCCAGCAACAGCUGAAUGAAUCUUUUGGGAAGAGUCUCCAUGCUUCUCUUCUAAAUCAGUCAAGCAGCAAAGAACCAAGCAGAACACCAGAGACAGAGGCUGAACGAGAGAAGCACAGAAACACUUUGAAACGCAUGCGAGAGUUUUUCACGGCAAACUGUGGUACAGCUGCAAAGAAAUCCUGCUCUGAUGAAGGGAAGGAGAGAGAUGGCUGUGGAAACACUGCAGCUGCUGAAUAAUGAAGUGCCUCAGUCAUUACUUUUAAAGUCGCAAAAAAAUCUUCUGUAUUUUCUUGUGAAGAGGAAACCAGACCACUUUCUGUUUUUUAUAGUACUUUGCUUAUUUAGAUUUGCCUUAAAGUAAGAUGUGUAUUAAACAGAUUACUUCAUCCAAGGUCAAAUUUCUUUCUCUGGUCACUUUAUGCCUUGAUCUGCCAAGAUCUAUUUGUGCAUGUGGGUUGCAAAUUAUUCGCAUUAUUAGAUCAAUGUUGUCAUGUAGCUCUGAUUCCAGCAGAGGACGCGAUGAUCCUUAGGUUGCAUGAAUUUGCUGUUUGUGAAUUUGAACUCGUUGGCGCUUAAGGCAAGCAUCAGUCUUACUAUACACACACACACACACACACACACACAUAUAUAUAUGAAUUUGUGUAAUUUGUUCCACCCCCACCAGUUGUGCUGCAAUAAUGUGAAAUACCGCAUUUAAAAUGGUUGAUGUUUUUAAUUGUACUCUUUCUUUAGAUUAUAAUAGUGGAAUUUUAAGAUUUAAAUUCUAGAGGGACCUGGUUAAAUAACAUCGUUUGAAAAAACAAAACAUAAAAAUAGCAAAUCAAUCUAAUUAGAAAGAC